AAGUAAAAUGGUAAUAACCUCAAGUAUACGAUAUGCAUUUCUUGAUCGAUGCUUUCAGAAUACAGAGCAUUUAAAAUGAUACCAGGCCUCUACUCCUACGCAAUCUCUCUCUCUCUCUCUCUCUCUCUCAUCAUAAGUACCUCAACUCAAAAGCCAAAAGCCUGAAAGUCCUGAAAGAUACCUUCUUUCCUCAGUUUCAACCGUCAAAACUCGGAAGGGCGCAUACCCAAAAUGCGACCAGUACCAGAACAAGUAGCAGUAGUUGCGGCAGCCGCAGCUCCAUAUGGAAUACACCUCUCUCCACCAAUCUCCUCUCCAACAACAACAUCAAGAUGUGAAACACACGCUUGCAGGCGACAACCCCACUCAAAUUCUUCGGGAGAUUUUGAAGCAAACGUGGCUAUAGUCCUCAUCGUCCUCCUCUGCGCACUUAUAUGUGCUCUGGCUCUCAAUGCCGCCAUCCGCUGCUUUCUACGUGGUGGCAAUGAUCACCACCACCCACCACCUGACAGCAGCAGCCUCCCCGAAAGCGAACAACAGCUACGGCAUCAGCGGAAGGCCGCCAUGGAGAAAGGUGCAGCUGAUGAUCCGUUGGUGGCAGCUCCCACGCUGGUGUUCUCGGCUGGGAUGAAGCUGGCUGGGACAGAGGCCGAGUGUGCCAUUUGCUUGUCAGAGUUCGUGGAGGGAGAGCACAUUCGGGUGUUGGGAAAGUGUACGCAUGGGUUCCACGCGCACUGCAUCGAGGAAUGGUUCUCCUCCCAAGCCUCGUGCCCCACUUGCCGCAGCAGCUGUCUCCCUGCCUCGCCAUCUUCACGGCUACCAUCCACGUAACCCUGCCAAAGGAAUAUAGCAUCCCAGCAAAACCUCCCAAGCGCCGCCGCUGCAGCUACACAAGAUGGCCAAGAACGGGAAUAUAUAAUUUGUCAUGUUUUUUUCUUUGGUGGGAUGCAGUAAUUCACAUGCGUAUAUCUACAUAUAGUUAAAUUAGCGACCCUCUCUCUCUCUCUCUGUCACAGAUAGGGAGAUCCGAUUGUAUGGCAAUGGGCCACUAUGUGAUUGGGUUAUUUUCAUUACUUGUUGGGUUGGGGUUAUAUCAAUUUAGACUUUAGUUGUAGCUAGCUAAUGGGCUUAGGCCAUUUAAUACCUUUUUAUUACCAUUGUCAUUUUAAUGCUUUUCUUUAGCCGAGGCCCAUGCGAGGGAUAAUUAGUAUAUGUACUGAGUCAAGGGACUCUAGGAAGAAUCGAAAAUCAUUAAUGAAAUUGUUUUCUUACUCUCUUUUA